AUGCCUCCACCGCCGCCUCCCCCGAUACCUGAACAAUUUAGCAUGUCUACCAGCAGUAUUUCCGGCUCGAUGUUAUCCGCGUCCGCUCCCCUAUCCGCCGGGCAAGUGAUCGCUCUCGCUAGAGAAGCAAUGGACAGUGCCCUGCAAGAGAACGAGACCCAGGCGGCUGAAGCUAGUGGCGUCAGUACCGAACUCAAGCCCGGUGUCACGAUCGAUCUUAGCAGGAAGAACAUACAGGCAUUGCCAGAUGAGGUGGUAGACAUAAUAAAAAAUGAACUCGAACGCCUAGCCCUCUCGCAUAACAAGUUAUCGUCCUUACCAGCCAGAUUUUCCGAAUGUACACAUUUGCGCUAUCUUAAUUUGAGAGCCAAUUUGAUUAAAGAGUUUCCCCUAUCGCUCUGCGAUAUUAAGUCACUUGAAAUAUUGGAUAUGGGAAGGAAUAAGAUCCGUGUCCUUCCCCCCGAGAUUGCGAAGUUGACCUCGCUGAAGGUAUUGGCCUUGCAAAAGAAUCGAGUAGAGGAACUCCCGCUUUGUCUAGCUGAUAUGGUUUCGUUACAAAUGCUGAGACUGGAUGGAAACGAUAUACGAUUUCCUCCAAAAGAGGUUCUGCAAGUCCAAGCUGGUAGCCCCCCUAACGAGGGCUUUUUGGAGAAAAGUGAAAUAACGGAGCUUGCUGCCACGGCCCAUAUCAAGAAAUUUCUGAAGCAAAAAUCUCAAAGCUUGAAUGGAAGAGACAAGGAGGGUGAAAAUGGCGGAGACGAACUUAGCGAUGGGACAGAAACGCCUCGAAUGCCAAUAAGGAGGGUGGUCAGCGGUCGGUUUCCCAUCCGCGUGAAUGGCAGCGAUGUGUCCGAUAUGCGAUCUCCCGCUGUGCUCCGUCCACCACCUAUACCAUCGAGAUCACACGCUCGCGGCCUCUCUCAGCAGAGUACAGCCAUUCGCAGACCUGGUGUUAUGCCUCUUACUAUCGGUAACCCCAACGAGAGAGUGCGAUCGAAUAGCGAAACCUUGUUACAGGCGUCAAGGGCAGAGCGAUCAUCAGACCGACACAGGCGCAUGGGGAUAGUAUCGAAAAAGGCGACUGAACUUGGAACUCUGGAAGAGGGACAAACUAAUAACAGGUUUAGUCACUACCGGGGAUUGAGCCACGGUUCAUCGAUGACAGGGAAUUUGAACCCAAAUGGAGCUGUCGUUAUCAGCCCGAAUAGUCCGGCUGAGCCUCUGCUCAAUCGGCCAAAUUACGUACGACGUCUUUCCGUCUUACCAGAGCAAAGGCGAGAAUCGAGGAUUUUUGACCCCAUCAUCGAAUCUGCUAAGGGAAUUCUUUACGCGAUCUUCCAGAUUCACCCCAUGAUACAACUCUUCACAAGGCUAACUAAUGAUGGCACAACAAAACGUUCAAGCCUCGAGAUUGUUUUUUACAAUACUAAUUUUCACAUCGAACAACUGGAGCAGGAAAUUCAAAAGCACGAAUUCGCCACGGAGAAUGGCCCGUAUACGCCUCGCGAAAACGAGAAUGUUCAGAGAGCAGUAUUGACUCUGAUUAAUGCUUACAGCCAUAUCUGUUCGCUCCUAAUGAAUAACAUGAACACCAUUGUAGACAAUGGGGACCCUCGUUAUAUUCGCACAAUGAUGAUGCUGUUGUACCAUAGUAUUAUGGAGCUUCGUAUCACUGCCAAUGAGAUAUCUGGCGGUACUACUCAGCCAGCGUAUAAUAACGGAUACCACCGACCUGCCAUUGAAGAUACGAUUCGGGCUCAUUCACGCGAGAGUUCGAUGACUCCUACAAUAGAACGACCAGGUUUGAAUGGCCGGCCGCGGCCUGGAGCUUUUGUCCACAAUCCCAGCAAUCUUCGAGUAGCGACCGAUAUGAACGUUCCAUACAUCAAUGGUACGGGACGAAUGGCUCAAGUCACAUCCGCAACACCUCGAUCUGGCGAAUCGUUCGCAUCUUCAAAUGGAGAUCCCAGAUUUCCUGCAGACUUUACUGCGGACGAACGUUUAUUUGAGAAAAUCUUCCUAUCAUUACAAAAAUCAUCAGAUUUGGUUAUGCGCAUCCUCCCAAGUAUUAAUCAGCAGUUUGUUGUUUACAAGCGCAAUGCUGAAAACCAACGAGCUUCGGACCGCAUCAUACACUGUUGGAAGGGUCUGGUUGCCAGAUGUUCGAUUGCCAUUGCCGAUACAGAGCGCCUGAAAGACCGAUUAUCCCUCAUCAAGCUUAAGGAACCUGGGGUUAGGACGGAUCCUCUCUUUUGGAGUCUCUGCAAGAGUUUUAUCGACUCUUGGGCUGAGUUUGGUAGUCGAUUGAAAUCUUCCAUGGACCAAGUAUCAUUCGCACUGGAUAUUAGAACUAGGCUACGUCCUAUCCAAAUUGGUGUUAAGGAGACCAAUCAACUUAUCAUGGCCUCUCCAUGGGCAUAUCUCCUUCGGCAUGCUGGCAAUAUCGGCGAGAUGCCCAAUCACUAUUCGCCUAAUCAUUACUCAUCUAAUUCCGCGGUUUCUUUACCUAUGACUCCCCAGAGCGCCGCUCUCGGACCGGCCGUGCAAGCAACCGUACCUUCGACCCCACAAAGUGCUCAUUUUGACAACGUUUUCAACGGGAAUGUUUUUCAGCGUGCUGAUACAUUGAUAAACAUGGGAGGAUUAUCAAUAUCUCGUACUGGGACGAUGACUAGUACUUCUACGUCCCUAAACUCUUCAUUCUCUUCUACCAUGUCGCAGGACGACCGACAAGGCCCGUCAUCGGCGUUAAGCCCUAACGGAAGUAUCGGUCCUGCAGCUUACCGGCUCAACGGCGGAAGCAAGUCCGCAAUUUAG